AUGCCGAAGAAAUCUCUCGAUCGUCGACCACCUCGCCGGAAUCGUAUCAACAAGCACGACACGACGAUCCAAAAUUUGAUCUCUGGACUAUUUAGGAUGCUCGAGUUACGCGAUAGAGAAACCUGCUUGCUCUUAUGUCUGAUCGUCUUUACAAUUGCUGUUCCCUGUUACAGCCAUGAGAGUCUGUUUGAUGGAGAAACAUUGUAUGCUGGUAAGGAACUAUGGAAGGAGAGUAUGCCAUUGCAAUCUGGAUCUCGAGUUUACAGAUUAGAUGGGCUUAAAUCGAAUUCUUGGUAUGAAGUCAAGAUAUCGUACCCAGCUUCUAUCCCAGCUCAGUUUUCGCUGCAACUAUUGAGGAAUGGUGUGAUGGGUUUGAAGCUAAACCAGAGGAGGAGGUUACUAAACACUGAGAAAUUGAUCUUCAAAACCGAAAGUUUUGAAGAAGUUAAUAACAAGGAUGAUGGAUUGUAUGUUUUGGUGGCGGUGGAACCUGAAGGAAUCGUGGCUAUACCAAAUUUCAAAGAGCGGCCAUUCAUCAUUUACAACAUAGUUUGUGAAGAACAGCUUUUAGGAAUCGCAUACUCAUGCUGGCCAGUGGUGAUUUUAGUAGUAUUGUGUCUCGUGCUCGCCUUGGUUCUUCCACGGUUUCUCUCAUCUUAUCUUCUGAUCAAAUAUGGAGAUCGUGACCGUUAA